AAAUGACGAAGGUAGACUUUUAUAUGGUAUUUUAGAAUAGUAUUAUAUUAGCACUAGUUCUUUCUAAUAGUUUGCUCGUUUUCACACUUUUAGCAACACGAACUGAGCAUGCGCGUCGAUCACGUGACAUGUCAGCAAGGAUGGAAGAGCGCAUGUGUGAAGCACAAGAGGAAGUAAUACAAGAAAAAGAAGACAAACGCGAUAUUUCUACAGGUGUGUACAGUAUAAAGGUCUCAUCCGGAAGUAUUCUGUUUCAGUGGCUAUAAAGAUGGACGUGUUCUUUCUCAGUGUAAUUAAUUAGACCCUGAAAUCAGCAAGAUUUUCGUCAAUAUAUUAUAUUUAAAGAUUUUCGACGAGGAUUUAGUUCUAUUCACUGGCUCUCCAUAGGUGCAAUUUGUCUGCUCAUGCGCGAAAGCAAGGCGCCGGCAACAGUAUAUACGCUUCCUUCUUAUGCAUUUUACUACCUUUUAGUCUUUUAUUAGUUGCAAAAAUUUCGAUAACUGUCAAAUUUGUAAAUAUAUAUAUUUCUGUAAAUAUAUAUAUAUAUAUAUAUAUAUAUAUAUAUAUAUAUAUAUAUAUAUAUAUAUAAAUUUCACUAUUUUUUCUAGUGGAGUAGAGAGGUAUCAAGUAAAGGACACUCUAAUUUCUUAACAUUUUGCGAUUUAUGAAAAGUUUAAACCAAAUUAUGAUUUACAACGAAAAUGAUCAUUCACUCCUCUAUUUUUAAAAGAGACUUUUUAGUCUAUAUAUACUAGACUAAGACUAAGUGCCAGCCCAUACCUGAUUACAUGUUUUUGUAGAGCACGCCUUCUUAAAUUCAUUGUUGGUCGAUUAGAAGGGAAAAUUUUAAAAAGGGUACCCGAUACAUUUCAGCCUAGUAACGAUCUUUUCAUUAAUAAGCAACUGCUGGACUAGAAUGCAUAAACAGUGUGAUUUGCUUCGUCUUAAAGUGAGAAAUGCUUGUUAUUCAGCCUUUAUAGAAUGUUACAUGUUCGAAUCGUCAUUUGCCGUACGUUAAAGAAAGCUACAGGUUAUCGCAUAUAAAUCCGAUUUAUGCAUGCAUUAAUUUAUACACUUCGAAUUUCUUUUCUGAAUCGUAUUAAUUGUCAACUUGUUAGAUCUCACUCGCCAGUACAAGAUGAUGCAAUCAGAACUUGGUUUAAAAAUUCAUAUUCUGGAACAAACUGUGACUACCUUACGAUCUCAACUAGGUAUGAUAUAUAGUUUAUUUUAG